AUGUUUGGGUGGUCUGGUUCGCUGGGAUGCGAUGCAGGCCUUCCGGUGUACGCAGAGCCCGAGAAAGAGCGUUGCCCACCUUCUGCCCCCACCCAGCUCGAUUUUCCUGUCUACCACCUCCCCGAACUGGCACACAAUGGUGCCGAAACCCCCUUGGCCAGACUGAACGAGGUGUUGGCCUCGAUCCGCCGUCCACAAGACAUCAACCCCCAGAAAUUCGAAGCCUUGAACCUGAGACUCGAAUCCGAUGUUCCCGCCGCUCGCAUUGUCCGUCAAUCCGGUCUCAAAACCGCCCCGCCCCUGCCAUGGGAAAAUACGUCGGCCAGAUCCUCCCCGGUGGACGAGGAUGGUACCCCAAUCCUGAUGGACAAUGAGAACCCGUAUCCCUCUCGAGACCGGUUUGAACUCCUUCAGAGUGAAAUGCUGCUCGAUAAUGAUGACGCCUUUCGAGAGGUAGCCAGGCUACCUCCUCGAGAAGGACGAGAUCGAGUCCGGGUCACACACACACGGAAGUUCUGGACAGGAUUGGAGCGCAUGGCUCAAUACUGGGAUACGAGCUUGGACGAUUACUUUGAGCGUCCGGCCUCUCCGCCACCUACUCAAGACGAUGAGCUCAUGCAGACGGACGAAGAGACACGGGUACCCGAGAACUUUCCCAUUCCCGAGAUUCGCAUGGACGUAGACGACGAUAUGAACCUAGACGAUGUGAGCCAAGAACAGGCGCCAGCAGACAGUCAACCUGCCCCUCGGGAUGAGGAACCCAAGAUUGUGACGCGGUAUAAAGGUCGCCGCGUUGGGGCUGGCAGUGAAAUGCCGGAAGAUGCGCGCGACGAAACCAUUCGAGCAUUAACAGAGAUGGCUGCUUGGCCUUUUGGCUGCCAAGUCGCGCUGCCAAUUGCACCGCCCAAGCUGGCGACUAAGACAGUGCUCUUCCCCGUCCGACAGACUUUUGUCGCCGCUCGAUCUCCGAAAGAUCGACAGCUGGCACGAAGUGGUGUCAUGGAAGGGCCCGUGUUCGCGGCUCAAUGUCGCCCGGAAACCAGUUUUCGCGGCCCGGAGGACACUCCAGGCGAAAGCAUCGGCGAUGUGUGCGACUUGCUCCGCGAAGUGGGUGCCAUGCUCCUGACCGCACAAGAACGAGCUCGACAGGGAGCCACCGAAGUAAGACCCGGCGAGGGUCAGUGGUGGACGACGGUCCCGCGCUGGGGCGGUGCGCCAAAUCAUGCUGAUGGCCUUCACGGUGAAGAUGACGCAUCUUCAUCGGAGUCGGGAAAUGCUCGCAAGCGACACCAGAUUGAGCACCCAUUCCUCGCUAUGCGUCGGCCAAGUUUGGUCCGCAAAUUGAGCAAUAACUCCAAAUGGAAGAUUGUCGAGCCCGGUCCGAGUCUCUGGGAUAGGCGGAUGAGGUACAUUCAGAUUGGGAAGCCCAUCGAGAGUCCCUUCGACGAUAUUUACAUGCUAUCAUCCAUCAACCACCAUCUUGCUAUUCUACACUUGCGUGUACAUCGGCGAUACCUCGAGAUGAUUACGCAUGGAUGCAGCGAUUAUCCUCCAGUCUCCGACGGGGAUCAACCGUGGCAGGUUCUUCAGCUACGAAGGACCAAGUGGGGAUUUGGGGCAUCUUCCAUUACCUUUUACGGCAACAGCCCGUGCCGUUCCAGCAUCUCAACUGAUAUCUGUUCCGUGCGUGUGUUUGAAACCCAAACGACUGUCGCGACUCUGCGCUCCGGCCACACCGAAUUGAAAGCCGGCAGCACAACAUCAAGCAUGCACAUCAAACAACCUGCUCCACAUAACGCCUUGUUCAUGCUUGAUCUCCAGAAAGACCAGCAAGCAAGCGAUUGUGGUAGUAGUAGAUCCCUGCCCACACCCUCUACCUGCUCGUUCCCUUCGCCCACCGUCCGUCUCCCCUCGGUCGUCAAGAACAAGCUCUGUCGCUAUCCGCAAGAGGACUGA